GAGUUGGAACCGGAAUUAAAAAAAAGAAUUUUCCGGAGUCGGAGCCGGAAUCGGAAUUAAAAAAGAAGCAAAAAACGGAGUCGGAGUUGGAAUCGGAAUAAAAAAAGUCGACUCCGCAGUUCUCUAGCACGCUCACUAAUUGAUUGGUGAAUUCAAUCGUUCAGUCUCUUUGUUGUUUUCUUUGAUCGUCUCCUUUGUCAUAAAUGGUAUUUACAUAUUGGAUGGCAAUAUUUCGGGUAUUCUCAAUUUAAUAUAUUGGAACGAUGUGCAGAAAAGAGGACGAGAAGAAAAAACUACUGCAACACAAUAUAGUAAAAGUAGGCUUCUCUAUCAGAUGAUCGUGGACUCGAUGCGUAUGUAUUUUAAGGCUAAAUUAUAGGGGCAUGUGGACUGUUUUUCCAACCUACGUCUCCGCUUGUUACCUUAAUUGUGUUUUCUAAUAUCUUAAGUCUUAUUGUUUAGCGGCUCUUUCAGAUAUAGUUCCCAACAUGCAACAACCUUUACAAAACAUCGCCAACUUGGGCAACGAGGUGAGGGCACCUACGCUACAUCUUCAGUUUUUAUUAUUCUUCUGCAUGAAAUAACUAACUAGGCUCGAAAAAAUUGUUUUUUGCAUGUACCAAUACAACAUUGAUAACCGUUGUUCUUGACCCGUUGUCAAGCAGAAAUUGUUUUUAACAUACGUUCUUUCGGUGUUUCUCAAUUCAAAAAGUCAUCUUUAUCUCUUCUUUCUUUAGAAUAUAAGCCCGGGCAAUGCUGGUGUUCCCUCCGCUCCACCCUUCGCCGAUUUCCUGUUACACCAGGAGCAACAACAACAUCAGCAGGCCAUACAAAGCCUGCAAACUCAACAUCAACAGGCCAUGCAAUUCAAGAUCGUGGUCGUGCUGGUCGUCGACGUCGUCGUGGUCGCGGCUGUGUGCGAGGUGGAGGAGUGCAACGCUAG